UUGGCUGGCCUCUCUUGGCUACGGCGGUGACAAACGUCUUUAAAACUAAAAAGACGGGCGCACGUUAGCAUCACUCGACGCCUCUUCUUCUCCGUCUUCCUUAUCCUGCGCCGCCAUUCUCAACACUCCGACGUCGUCCCCACUCCCAAUUCCCAAAAUCCCAAUCCUCUUCUAGGGUUAGGGUUUUCCUCUUUCUCUCUCAUCUCCCUCAUUCUCCCGAUGCACUGCGCAGAUUCUGCGUUCCGUUUCUCUGGUCCUUACUUGCCUUGUUGUUGCCCCUUUUCACAUGGACCGUAACAGGCAAUCCAAGGACUUGUUCUACUCCAACCUCUUCAACCUCGAGCCGUUGCUGAACUUCCAACUUCCGCAACCGGAGGAUGAUUUUGAUUAUUAUGCGAAUAGUAGUCAGGAUGAGAGCAGAGGUAGCCCAGGUAGAACAAUUGCAAAACAUGGUAAUGGUACCAUGACUAAGAGAGAGUUGAGCUUAGCGAGGAAAAGAAGACAGUCCCUGAAUAGUGAGGAAGAGGACGACAGUGUGGACGAUUACUACGGGACACACGUUACUGAAGAGCGAUAUCGACAAAUGCUUGGAGAGCACAUUAAGAAGUAUAAACGAAGGUCUAAAGAUUCCUCAUCUCCCAUGCCCACACACAUGGGGAAUUUAGCUCCCAAGGGUAACUCAAGUACAAGAGCUAGGAGGUCAGGGAGUGAGCAACACACAGGAUUUCUUGAAGGGGAAACUGCAAAUGAUUGGACCAACGAUUAUAAUGCUCACAGACCAGGAAGUCACCAUGAGGCAGAUUUUGCCCUGAUGCGUACCCCUGACAGAGUAAUAUACGAGCCUGCAUAUUUGGAUAUUGGGGAUGGCAUCACUUUCAAAAUUCCCCCAACUUAUGAUAAGCUGGCUGCUUCACUGAACUUGCCAAGCUUCUCUGACAUCCAAGUUGAGGAAGUUUACUUAGAAGGUACAUUGGAUUUGGGGUCCAUAGCAUCUAUGAUUGCUCAGGACAAAAGGUUUGGAUUCCGAAGCCAAGCAGGGAUGGGGGACCCUCAGCCCCAGUAUGAAUCACUUCAGGCAAGAUUAGAUGCCUUGGUAUUUUCAAAUUCAUCACAGAAAUUCAGUCUCAAAGUAUCUGACGUUGGGCUGAAUUCAUCCAUCCCAGAGGGGGCUGCUGGAAGUAUAAAGCGAGCUAUUUUAUCCGAGGGUGGUAUGCUACAAAUAUAUUAUGUGAAGGUUUUGGAGAAGGGAGACACUUAUGAGAUUAUUGAACGAAGCCUGCCCAAGAAACAAAAAAUAAAGAAAGACCCUUCUGUCAUAGAGAGAGAGGAGAUGGAGAAGAUUGGAAAAAUCUGGGUCAACAUUGUUAGGAGAGACUUGCCAAAACAUCAUCGUAACUUCACAGCCUUUCAUCGCAAGCAACUAAUUGAUGCCAAGAGGUUUUCAGAGACUUGCCAAAGGGAGGUGAAAAUGAAGGUCAGCAGAUCUCUUAAAAUGAUGAGAGGUGCAGCUAUUCGAACACGGAAAUUAGCUAGAGACAUGUUGCUCUUUUGGAAGCGAAUUGAUAAGGAGAUGGCUGAAGUGCGGAAAAGAGAGGAAAGAGAAGCUGCCGAAGCUUUGAGGCGAGAGCAGGAACUUCGAGAAGCUAAGAGACAGCAGCAGAGGCUCAAUUUUCUUAUACAACAAACAGAACUUUAUAGUCAUUUUAUGCAGAACAAAUCAAAUUUGCAUUCUUCUGAAGCUCUGCCUUCGGGAGAUGAAAAACCAGAUUACCAAGAAGGGACUUGGGCUUCAGAUAGUGCGCCUGCUGAGGAAGAAGAUCCUGAAGAGGCUGAACUGAAGAAGGAAGCUCUGAGAGUUGCUCAAGAUGCAGUUUCGAAGCAAAAAAGGUUAACAAGUGCAUUUGAUGAUGAGUGCUCAAGGCUACGUCAAGCUUCUGAACCUGAUCAAAAUGAGGUUGCAGGAGCUAAUAACAUAGAUCUGCUUCACCCCUCAACCAUGCCUGUAACUUCAACAGUUCAGACACCUGAGCUGUUUAAAGGUAGCCUUAAAGAAUAUCAGCUAAAAGGUCUCCAAUGGCUGGUCAAUUGUUAUGAGCAGGGUUUAAAUGGCAUACUUGCUGAUGAAAUGGGGCUUGGAAAGACCAUACAGGCAAUGGCUUUUUUGGCUCAUUUGGCUGAGGAUAAAAAUAUAUGGGGGCCUUUUCUGGUUGUAGCACCUGCAUCUGUCUUGAACAAUUGGGUUGAUGAAAUCAAUCGUUUCUGCCCUGACCUAAAAGCUCUUCCAUAUUGGGGUGGGCUUUCAGAGCGUACAGUUCUCAGGAAAAAGAUAAACCCCAAGAAUCUAUAUCGCAGGGAUGCUGGUUUUCACAUCCUUAUUACCAGCUAUCAGCUACUUGUUUCUGAUGAAAAGUAUUUUCGACGUGUGAAGUGGCAAUAUAUGGUAUUGGAUGAGGCACAAGCAAUCAAAAGUUCUACAAGCAUAAGGUGGAAGACACUACUAAGCUUCAAUUGUCGGAAUCGCUUGCUGCUUACUGGAACUCCUGUCCAGAAUAAUAUGGCUGAGUUGUGGGCCCUUCUACAUUUCAUCAUGCCUACUUUAUUUGAUAGCCACGAACAGUUCAAUGAGUGGUUUUCGAAAGGAAUUGAAAAUCAUGCAGAGCAUGGAGGUACUUUGAACGAGCACCAGCUCAACCGCUUACAUUCAAUAUUAAAGCCUUUUAUGCUGCGGAGAGUCAAGAAGGACGUAAUCUCUGAGCUAACAAGAAAAACUGAGAUUACAGUGCAUUGCAAGUUAAGCUCACGACAGCAAGCAUUUUAUCAAGCUAUCAAGAACAAGAUAUCUCUUGCUGAGUUGUUUGACAGCAAUAGGCAUCUUAAUGAGAAAAAAAUUCUCAAUCUUAUGAACAUUGUUAUUCAGCUAAGAAAGGUGUGCAAUCACCCAGAGUUGUUUGAAAGGAAUGAGGGAAGCACAUACCUGUACUUUGCAGACGUUCCAAAUCCUCUUUUGCCCCCACCUUUUGGGGAACUUGAGGACAUUCACUACUCAGGAGGUCACAACCUCAUUGAGUUUAAGUUACCGAAAUUAGUGCACCAAGAGGUUCUUCGAUGUUCAAAAUCAUUUGCAGCUGCGCAUGGCAUUGGUGGAGGAUGUAUUUCGAAACAUUUUAACAUAUUUUCUUCGGAAAAUGUUUUCCGAUCCAUAUUCAUGCAAGGAGACAAUUUACGUCAUUCUUAUCGUCAGAGUGGUACUUUUGGUUUCACCCAUUUGAUGGAUCUAUCUCCUGCAGAAGUUACAUUUUUGGCCAAUGGUUCCUGUUUAGAACAGCUACUUUUUUCCAUAAUGAGAUGGGACCGACAAUUUCUGGAUGGAAUCGUAGACUUCGUUACGGAAUCUAUUUAUGGUCCGGAAAAUGGUCCUCAUGAGCUGGGAAAAGUGCGUGCUGUCACAAGAAUGUUGUUGAUGCCUUCCAUAUCUCAGACGGACUUACUCAGGAGAAAACUUGCAACAGGGCCUGGUGAUGCUCCUUUUGAGGCUUUAGUCAUUCCUCAACAGGAGCGGCUUCAGUUGAAUGUUGGGCUGCUUCAUUCAGCAUACACAUUUAUUCCAAGAACUAGAGCUCCACCGAUAGGUACCCACUGCUCAGAUAGAAACUUUGCUUACCAAAUGGUCGAACAAUUGCAUGACCCUUGGGUGAAGAGAUUAUUUAUUGGGUUUGCACGCACAUCUGACUUUAAUGGACCAAGAAAGCCAAAAGGACCCCACCCUUUGAUUCAAGAGAUUGAUUCUGAACUACCAGUUUUCCAGCCUGCACUUCAGUUGACGUACAGUAUUUUUGGGUCUUGUCCUCCAAUGCAAAGUUUUGAUCCAGCAAAGUUGCUCACAGACUCCGGAAAGCUACAAACACUAGAUAUCUUACUGAAACGCUUACGGGCUGAAAACCAUCGUGUGCUUUUGUUUGCGCAAAUGACAAAAAUGUUGAAUAUUCUUGAGGACUACAUGAAUUAUCGUAAGUAUAGAUACCUUAGACUUGAUGGAUCCUCCACUAUAAUGGAUCGUCGAGAUAUGGUCAGGGACUUCCAACUCCGGAAUGAUAUUUUCGUAUUCUUGUUGAGCACAAGAGCUGGUGGACUUGGAAUCAACUUGACAGCUGCUGAUACAGUCAUCUUUUAUGAAAGUGAUUGGAAUCCAACACUGGAUUUGCAGGCCAUGGACAGAGCUCAUCGGCUGGGACAGACAAAAGAUGUCACUGUGUACAGACUAAUAUGCAAAGAGACCGUUGAAGAGAAAAUUCUUCAAAGAGCUAGUCAGAAAAACACUGUUCAGCAGCUGGUCAUGACCGGUGGCCAUGUUCAAGGAGACAUCUUAGCUCCUGAGGAUGUUGUAUCCUUACUUCUGGAUGAUGCCCAGUUGGAGCAAAAACUAAGAGAGAUUCCUAUUGUGGCAAAGGAUAGACAAAAGAAAAAACAAGCAAAGGGUAUAAGAGUCGAUGCUGAGGGCGAUGCGUCAUUGGAGGAUUUAACGAACCCGGAAACCCGGGUUACUGAAUACGAUCCAUCUCCUGAUCCAGAAAAGACUAAAGCUAACAGUAAAAAGAGAAAAGGUGGUUCUGAAAAGCAAAAUUCAUCAAAAGCUCGAAGUUUACAAAAGAUAAACGAAAUGAACCCAGUGGUCGACUUUGACUUGGACGACUCCCGGCAAAAUCUUGAACCUCAAACUCAGAAACCAAAGAGACAAAAGCGACCAACCAAGAGUGUAAAUGAAAACCUUGUACCAACAACUACCUCCUCAAACGUGGGAAUUUUAGAACAGACUCAAUAUCCACACUAGCAUCAGUCGCAAGCUGGAUUCAGUGCUGGCAUAUAUGUUGCCAUCCUACAAAGCAACUGAACUUCGGUUGCGGAAUUUGAUCAGAUUGAUUGAUGUCGUAACAUGACACCGAAGAGAAGAUGGUAGAACUCACUCGUCAUCCUUGUGACACGGUCGGUUCUCUAAUUUGGGAUGGUGUUCGUUUGUUUUUAAGAUAGCCAGUGAAGGAGCUCAGCGAAGCAAAUGGGAGAAGCUUUGGGAGAGCUUGUGUAUAUAUUAUUCAAUAUGAAGCUUGGGGCCAUCACUUACCAUUUCAAGGUAACUUAAAUUCUCUGUAUUGUUAUUUUUCUUUCUUUUUGGCGGGGAAAUCCUUUGUAAUUAUAUUGAUAUUUGUAUAUAUAUUUCGGCUUCUUGAGAAGAAGCUAUGUUCUUUUGCUAUAUUACUAAGUUUCCAAAGGAAAAAAGAAAAAAAGAAAAAGAAAAAGAGAGCAUCUUCAUCA